CAAGUUACUGUUUCUCAAGGCAUUGAAGACUGUUGGGAGUUGGAAAUGAUGGUAAUAAGCAACAAGAGAGCUGCUGCCUUCAGUCUGCUGGCAUUUGUGGUUUUCCUUCAUCCUCUUCAUGGCCGCGCCAUUGGUGCAAACCAAACAUCUCGGCGACGGACACCAGCUAUUAUCAUCUUCGGUGACUCGAUCGUAGAUCCAGGCAACAACAAUGUUAUCCUGACGACAAUUAAGUGCAACUUCCCUCCUUAUGGGAAGGAUUUUGUUGGUCACAAAGCAACAGGAAGGUUCAGCAAUGGCAAGAUCCCUUCAGACAUCAUAGCUUCUCAGUUAGGAAUAAAAGAAUACGUGCCUGCAUAUCUGGGGACAGAGCUAUCAGCCUAUGAUCUUAUAACUGGAGUAAGCUUUGCAUCUGGUGGCUGUGGAUUUGAUCCUCUCACAUCUCAGCUAGUGUCGGUGCUUUCCAUGGACGAUCAGCUAGAUCUGUUCAUCGAAUACAAGGAGAAGGUAAAAGCAAUUGUAGGAGAAAAGAAAGCCGCAUACAUAACAAACAAUUCUGAAUAUCUAGUAGUCACAGGAACAGAUGAUCUGGCAAACACUUACUUCACGACACCAUUUAGGAGGCUUGAGUAUGAUCUCCCCUCCUACAUCAACUUCACAGUUCAAUCAGCUUCAACUUUCAUUCAGAAAUUGUACCAUUUAGGGGCACGAAAAAUUAGAGUUGUGGGUGCUCCUCCAAUAGGAUGUUUACCAUCACAAAGGACACUUGCAGGAGGAAUUGAAAGAAUAUGCGAUCCAACCUACAACCAAGCUGCGACAUUCCUCAAUUCACAACUAUCAAAGGAGAUGCAGAAGCUUAACAGCACUUUACCUAAAUCAAAGAUCCUCUAUAUUGAUAUGUACACCCCUUUGCUUGAUAUCAUCUUACACCCUUCUAACUAUGGAUUUGUAGAAUCCAAGAGAGGUUGUUGCGGUACAGGAACUUUAGAGGUCACACUAACUUGCAAUAGUUUGACCACCUUCAUCUGUGAAGAUGCAUCAAAAUAUGUGUUCUGGGAUAGCUACCAUCCCACAGAGAGAGCAUAUGAGAUUUUGAUGACGAAACUUGCCCAGAGAUACGGUGUAUUUACAAAUUAAGAAUGCAAACAAACAAGUCGUCUUUUGUUAUGUUGUUAAUAGUCCAUAUAGGACACUAUCUUAGUUACAACCACAAUCAUGAUGUCAAGAUACCCCACAAAUGAAUAUAUCCAAAGAUUAUUAAGAAUUUUUCAAGUUUUGGAUAAUCUGAUUGAAUAAAUAAUUGUAAGGGAAUGACAACAUACUCCAUUCAUAAACAUUAUAAAGGGUUUGAAUGUCAAUAAAACAUGAAUAGAAGGACUACGAUCAAAUAACUCUGUGCUAAUGCUACCUAACACAUAGCAUAUUAUAAAGUAGGCUAUGUAUCUCUCCUUUUUUUUAACAACUUAGGCAGAAAAUUAACAAAGUCAAAUUUGGCAACCAUUUCUUUAUGUGCAAAAACAUUUAUUGUUGAGGACUCCCUUGUAGAGAAUAUCUUAGAUAUUCACCCUUAUCCACCCUCUCCAGUUAAAAAUAGAAGAUUUAAUUAACAAACAAUUUUUUUUUUCUUACAAAAUAUUAAGAUGAUAGAUUUUAUGAAAUGGAGAUGAUAUUUUUUUUUAAAACAAAAAUAUUUUGAGAUGGAUAAUAGAAUAGGAGGUCUUAAAGAAUAUGUAUUUUAUUAUUAUAAUUACUUCCAUAUCAAUGCUAAAUAUAUAUAAAUAUAAUUAAUAAAAAAGAAGAUGAGGAAAAGAUGAAAAAUAAGCCAUUAUGAAUA